GCAUCAAUGGACAAGCCCGGAAUUCAGGGAUGUUGCUUUCUGAAACAAUGAAACAAUAAAACAAUCUAAUUGUGUUUUUAAAAAACGAGCUUGGAAGGAUGACUCAGGACAGAGAUAAAUGAAGGGAGCUUGUAUGUGGCCUAUACCCUGUCAGGGGUGAAAGGCAUUGAGGAUGAAUAGUGUUAAAGAUGCCGUAAACCUCUCACUACAGAUCUAUGCAUUUUUCUUAUUUGAUUUUUCAAAAUCAUUUUUAUUUUAGUCUGAUCGUAACCUUGUGAUAGCCAAGGCCAAGUUCAAGUUCAGAAUCGAGGUGUCUGAAUAAGGGGGACAACUCCGGAAGAAUGCUUCUCAUAAAGAGUUUAUUGAGUUAUCAAACUUGGACCGUAUCAAUAAUAAUACAUGACGUAAUACAUUAUAAUGUAUUCCCAUAGACCAUGGCCUGGAACUGUUGCAUAAUAUACUAUAGAAGUUUUGUAGUAGUAGUAGUAGUAGUAGUAGUAGUAGUAGUAGUAGUAGUAGUAGUAGUACUAGUAGUAGUAGUACUAGUAGUAGUAGUAGUAAAUUAGAGUGGCUGGUGAGUGCUCUGGUGUGGUUGGAUCCUUCUUAACUUUUCAAAUAUCUACAGUCCUUAUCUCUCCUCGUCCUCCUUUUUUAAAAAGAAAUGUAGGCAGGCAUAUAUUACGCUCCAGUUAUAUCUCUUAACUUCAGCAUUUAUUUAUAGACUUACAAUUUGUGGUCUAAGUCAAAGUGCCAGAAUACUCUUUCUAGUAUACUGGCCAAAAACUAAAACGUAGCCGAACUAUUAGAUUCUAUAAUAUUAGAUCUAUAUUCUAAAAAUGACGAAAAGAAUAAAGAAGCGAUUUUAAACUGCUCAGUCUACUUACUGUCUCUUAGAGAUUCCUUACAGUGGAGUUCAUAUUGGCGUUGGAAACCACAGAGAUUCUAAAUCUAGAAGUUGUAGUUUGAAGUCUCUACCUCGCAGAAUAAUCUCCUCUAAUCUGAUAACUCCGAGGAGAGUGGUGAAACUGCUGCAGUGGCUGCCUCUGGAUAGUGUCUGGUCAUGGCCUCACUGCGGAGCGGUAGCAAGUCGACGUCCAGUUCUCUGAGUGACGACGCGGUUCUGCGCAAGGUUUACAACCUGAGCUUGUAUCACAUCCUGACCCCGACCAGCCUGAAACAUCUGGUCCGUGAGUGGUUCAAGGAAGACACCCCGAGCUUCGACUAUGCCGGGUUUGUUGUCGGAGAGAAAGAAGAAACCGCUGUGAUAUUGAUGAAAGAGGCCGGAGUCUUCGCUGGGAAGCCUUUUGUCGAUGCCAUCUUCAAGGAGCUGGACUGUCUCGUGGAGUGGCACGUGGAAGAAGGAGAGUAUAUCGAGCCAAUCAAAACCAUCGCCACGGUCACCGGCAAAGUGCGCCACCUACUUCUAGGCGAGAGAGUCGCCCUCAACUGCAUCACGAGGGCUAGCGGGAUUGCCACCAUGGCUCGUCGUCUGGCGAAGAUUGCCUCGCGGCGCGGGUGGAGCGGGGAGGUGGCGGGAACGAGGAAGACAACGCCAGGGUUCCGAUUGGUGGAGAAGUACGCCCUGUUGGUAGGGGGCGUGUCCACGCAUCGGCACGACCUUUCCUCUAUGAUCAUGCUCAAGGACAACCACAUCUGGACGGCUGGCAGCAUCACGCAGGCGGUCAAGGACGCGCGUGUGGUGGGCGGCUUCUCCACGAAGAUAGAGGUGGAGUGUCGCAGCGUACAGGAAGCCACCGAGGCAGCUCAGGCCGGCAGCGAGAUUGUCAUGUUGGAUAACUUCUCUCCGGAGGCUGCAGAGCAGGCUGCUAAAGAACUGAAGUCUCAAUUCCCGUCUUUGAUCAUUGAGAUAAGUGGAGGAAUCACCGAGGAAAACCUGGCCAACUACUGCGUGGAUAACGUGGAUGUGAUAUCGGUCGGCAAACUGACGCAGGGAUACAAGACUAUCGACCUCAGCUUCAAGAUCCGCAAAGCUGGAAAAGAUCCGAGCAAUCCACAAGUCCAGUAGUAGCUUCUUCGGAUCGUUCUUUGCACUGCUUUACUAAAACAUGGUGUGUGACGGGGGGGGGGUGUUCCUGAUGUUUAACAUGUUGCUAUUUUUCAAAGCAGAUAUCUUCCUUUCUUCAUUAUCUACCUAGUCCUUUAAACAAGUCGUGACCUCAGUUCUUUCUUGUCGUAUCUCCAUUUUUUUAAUCAGUGAAAAUGUGACUCCUCUUAAGCUCACUCUUUGUUAUAUUAACUGUUCUCGCUUUUAUUAAAGAUGGAGAUAUGGCAAGAAAGCACUGAGGUCGUGAAGUGAUACAAAUCUGUGCAGAUUAAUUUUCCA